AUGAAAACCUUAGUUGAUAAGUCUAUGGAGAUCACAUCCAAUAAAAGGAAACGAGUUGUGGCCGCACCACCAACUAAUAAGAGUUCAAGUGAGAGCAGCGUACAGAUCAUUAGUCAAAGAGCAUUUGAAGCUGCCGUUUACAAACUAUCGAAGAGUUUCGAAGUUGUUGCUUCUCCAACAUGUGUCAUUGCUUCACCACAAACAUAUUCUGAUCAAUUUGGUAGCAGCAUAGAGGUUAUAAGUCGUGAAGCAUUUGAAGCCUCUGUUUCCAAACACUCAAAAACAGAACAAUCUCCUGAUGAUUCUAUAUGGAUUCAUUGUCACUCUCUUGGCGAAGGUGCUCAUGGUUUUGUUUACUUAGCCAAGCAAAACACCGAUGUAGACACUGAUGGUUUGCCGUUAAAGAUGCAAAAUAACGAUGACAAAACUCGACCAAACGGAAGCGACUACAAUUUGAUUCUUGAAUACUGUUCCGGAGGAAGUAUUGCAGACUUUCUUAAAUUUCGAGGAAAGGGGAUGGUGGAAAACGAUGUUCAGCUAUUUUCUACAGAUAUCCUCAAAGGUAUCAGCUAUAUACACUCAAUGAAGAUUAUCCACUGUGAUAUUAAGCCAGGUAAUAUUUUACUUAAACCUCAAGUAACCCGUUCUAUGCCUAAUGGUUUUGAACCAAAGAUUGCCGAUUUUGGGUUAGCGUUAAGAAAAACUUCAGAUGAUUAUGGAGAUGGUAGUGGUCAUAAAAGAGGAACAUUAUUGUACAUGUCUCCUGAAGUUUUAAGAGAAGGUCUUUUGGAUAAUGCUGCUGAUAUCUGGUCAUUUGGAUGCAUUGUGUUAGAGAUGUUAACUGGGAAGAAGCCUUGGAGUGAAUUCCAGGUAUUAGACAGAAAGAAACUCGAAGAUGUCAUCGCCCAUAGCUCUUUUAAGCCGUGCAUACCUUCAUGGUUAUCUGAUGAUGCAAAGGAUUUUCUAAACAAAUGUUUGGAGAUAGAUCCCUUGCAAAGGUUUGACUCUACAGCUUUGUUGAAACACAAGUUUCUGUCGUCAUGCAAUGUUGAUGAUAAUGUUGUCAAAAAAGGCUGA